AUGAAUGCUAAGCCCUUAUGGUUACUACUUAGUGAUAUUCAUUUCGGAUCACGUGAUCUUGAUAGAGUCAUACGAACUUCAAACUGGAUUGCCUCCCUUCCCAAGUCUCAUACAAAUAUUCGUCGCGCGAUCAUCUGCGGUGACCUACUCACGACACGUACUUCUCAGCCAACUCACGUCCUUUCAGCAUGCUACCGCUUCUUAAACAAGCUGGUGGAGGCCGUGCCGCAUGUCGAUAUCAUCCUAGGCAAUCAUGACUUGGCCUACCGUUUAGAUUACACCACUUCAGCCUUAGAGGCGCUUUCGAUUAAUCGACUAGCCCCCUUCGUAACUCUGCAUACGAAAGUGGGAUGUCACGAAUGGGAUGGCCGAAGGGUAUUUGUGAUGCCGUUCCGCGAAGACCAGAGCCAAAUUGUCAAGGAGAUACAUAACUUAGACCCAAAGAGCGCCGCCCAGACGAUUGGGUUCGGACACCUGGCCAUAAACCGGGCUAUAACACAGAAAUACACCGUAAAUUCGGAGACUGGAAAGCCUGGUUUCUCCGUCAGGUAUCCCGGCCUUACUAGUGUAGGUGGAUUCGCGCCGUUAGCGAGGACAUUUACUGGCCACUUUCACAGCCACCAAACGAUUCUCCAAGGUACGAGCGAAAAGAAUCAGGAUCUUCAUGGAAGUAUAACAUAUAUUGGGGCACCGUUACAGCUUACGUGGGCGGAUCUGUUCGACACCAAGAAAGGUGUCAUUUUGCUUGACCCCGAGACUCUACAAAAUGACCUUAUCUGUAACCCACACGCGGUCGGUUAUGUGUCGAUGGAUAUCCAAGAUAUACUCUCGGGUCAGAUGGACGAGGAACAUAUCCGUGAUAAGCAUGUCAUGAUUACAGGGAACUUAUCAAGAUACAAAUACAUUUCAGCUAGAGAAAGCCUGGUUCAAUUAGGAGCGCGCAGCGUAAGAGAUUGGAAACCUUUUGAGCCAGCGUGGCAAUCCCAGAAAUAUGGUAUUGGCAAGACUAUGCUUCCUGUUGACAUUCGAAACCUGCCGAAUAUAGGGAGCAAUAAAUUUUCAGGGGAAACGGGAGACAUCAAAUCUUCUGAUUCCAUUCAUCGCUCGGACAUUGAUUCACCAAGACCGAUAGUCGAGCAGAUAGAGCGCGAGCCGAUUGACCUUAGCGAAGUUACCGACGAAUACGUAUCUUCUCUAAGUCUUGGAUCUGCUCUUGAGAGCAAGCGAGAGUUAUUAGCUGCCGUAGGAAAGCGACUUGUAAACAUUGGGAGCUCCGCUCGCGACAAGGUCAACGACACGAUCAAGUAUAGAGAUGUUCUCAACUUAUCCACAUCCUUAGCUAUUCCAUCAAACGAAUCUCCACGCAUCUUCAUUGCACACCCUAUUGCUAUCGAAAUUACAAAUUUCCUCGGCGUCCAGGGCACUCUUGAGCUUCAGUUUGAGCGUCACUUUCAACCUGGUAUGAACUUCAUAAUCGGAAAAAAUGGCGCGGGUAAGACGACGAUAAUCGAGGCAAUCGUAUGGUGUCAAUUUGGGCAGUGUAUCAGGGACGGGCUUGGGGUAAACGAUGUGGUCAACGACGUCGUCGGGAAGAACUGCAACGUCCGUCUUACGUUUGCCAAUGGGUAUUCGAUUUCGCGGUCCAGGAAGCAUAGCGAAUUUCAAAAUCGCGUGAUUGUGGAAAAGGACGGUAUUGUACAACCUCAGUUUGAAGGACCUAGCUCCAGAAGUUCCCAGGCUUCUAUCAAUGGAUUGUUAGGUGUAGACUUCGACACGUUUAUCAGAACGAUUCUUCUGGGCAACGAAAGCACACGUAGCUUCUUAAGCGCCUCGCAACUACAGAAGAGACAGCUGAUUGAAGCCGCUUUAGAUGAGGAGCUAGGCGUAAAGAAGUCGCGGCUCAAUGAGGUUACUCAUACAAUCACGCACCUCAAAGGUCGGGUUUCCCAAAUGGUUAAAACGCUGAAACGUUUAUUUGGCGAGGCAGAGAAUAUCAUUGACCAGCUGCAACGCGAAGACCAAAAAUACUUUGUAUCUCUGAACGAGAAAGAUCUCAGGAUAAAGCAGCUUAGGGAGGAACUUGGGAGUGAGCAAUUGCCAAAUCUAGAGCCUGAGCUUUCAGAGCUCCGAAAAGGCGUUUCGAGAGCACACGGCGAAGUAGGAAAACUUGGUGCAUUAGCAAAACUUGCGCAGGCUCGUUUAUCAAUAGAUCGUAAGGGGACAGCUAUCAAGCAGGAGAUGGUAGCUACUAGUACGCAACUAGGUGAUUUCGAAAAAACAGUCGAACGUCUACUGGGAGAGAACGAAAUAUUGGAGAUUCCACCUCCAUCCGCCAACGAGAACGAUGGCAAAGCGGAGCGUAGCAGGCAAGGGUUUCUGCCGAGUAUCAUGCUCAUAUUUCGGGAUGUCUGGAUAUCUGUGCUUAGAUUUAUUAACUUACGAGAUACUCCUAACAUCAUGAAAAUAGAGCAGCGAUGGCAGAACCACCUGAGGGCAAUCGUUGCCUUCGACGACACCAUCAGGGAAGUACAACCCAAAAUUGCGACUAUGACGGAGGUUAUAUCAAAUUUCUCCAAAGAUAUUUCCCGACGAGAUAUUAUGAGCAUAACGGUACGACAAGCAUUGCACAUUCCCACUCAGCUAGGUGCCGCCAUUGAUGAGUUACAACAUGCGACAAGCCAAUACGAUCGUCUCCAACAGCAAUAUGAGAGCCAAAGGCAGAAGCGACUUCGCAAACAGCAGGAUCUAGAGGGACGAGAAAGGGACAUUGAUACGACGAGACAAAAAUGGCAAGUGUCGUUAGAUCGGUACCACCUAAUGCUCUCCAGCAAGGAAAAAGAAAUUACUACCUAUAAAGAACACCUCCAAUCGGAUGCCGAAUCCCUUUUUGACCUCGUCCGCCAAGCAGCCGGUCUAAGGAAAGAGGCUGCAGAAAUACACUCGCACAGGGAAAUAUUCGCCUUUUGGCAAUCUGCUUUUACGCGACGGCAGGUAGCAAAGGCUACGUUUCGGCAUCACGUCACCGAGCGACAUCUAGGGGAGCUAAACAAACUUCUAGGACAGAUUCUGCUAGUAAUGUAUCAGGAUGCAAACUACGCGCGCAAUAUGACUUCUGGCACCAUCGGAGCACUCUUCAAAGAAGAGUACCAGGAUGGCGACAACCGCGAUGUUAAUCAGGAGUCUACAUCAGUGCUUGAACCGUCUCUAUCGAUGAAUCAGGCACUUGAUUACGCAAAGCGAAGUGGUGGCGAACGUAAACGCGUAGAUCUAGCGUUAUUCUUCGCGCUAUCUAUGAUGGCGGGGGCCAGAAGUCCCCAUAUGGCGAGGUACAUGCUUGUUGACGAAGCCUUUGACUCCUUAGACGUAAGCGGCCAAGCUUCCGUGCUUAAAUGGUGCCGCUGGAUGGCGGAGCGGCUAUCGUACGUCUUAGUUAUUACGCAUAGCCCAAACCUCGUCAAGCUCGCCGAGGAGGAAAGCGAUGCUGGCGGUGGUGCAGGGGCAAAUAUUAUUACCAUUAGGGCUGGUAAUAAAGGCACCGAGUUGAUGGAAAUGCCAGAGUCUAUAGCUACUUCGCCUACUUAA